AUGUCAGCUGUUGCUUCAUCAUCUGUUACUACCUUGUCUUCUACAGACACUUCAUCUCUUCUUUGCGCACCUGGUAUAACUGAUGGUUCUGAAAAAGGGUUUUUUGAUGACGUUGAAAAAUAUGUUGCUUCAUUACAAGAAAAGUAUCGAGAGAAAACAUUCAUAAGAAAAGAAACAUAUGAUAAAAUACUCAAAAGUUUACUAUUAGAGAAAGGUACAUCUUCGGAAUCAAUUCCUACAAAGUUAGUAUUUUGGGCUAGGAAAAACUUUAUAAUUGAGAAAAUUGCUGGAACUGAUAUUGUUUGUUGUUCGAAAAACAAAAAACCGCUGUGUAUUUACGAAUCAUUUUUUAAUGUAAUGAAAGAAUGCCAUUUAAAUGUAUCACAUGGUGGUAGAACGAAAACUCUAAACGAAAUUAAUUCGCAUUAUUCAUGGGUACCUAGAGCUGUUGUAGAAAUAUUCUUAAGGCAUUGUCUUCCGUGUCAACUUCGAAAACCAUUAAAACAGUCAGUUGUUUCGAAACCUAUCAUAUCAUUAGGUGUUAUGACACGUCUACAAAUUGAUUUAAUAGAUAUGAGAACAAGACCUGAUGUUGUUUCUGCAGGCGUUGUUUACUGUUGGAUAUUACAUUGUAUUGAUCAUUUUUCAAAAUUCACUUGGGCUUAUCCAUUAGAAAACAAAUCAGCCAAAGAAGUAGUUGUAAAACUUCGCCAGUUAUUUUUUACUUUUGGUCCCCCACGUUUAUUACAUUCAGAUAAUGGAUCAGAAUUCGCUGCUAACGUUAUUUUAGAACUAAAAACAGUUUUUCCUAAUUUGUGCUUUAUUCGUGGUCGUCCACAUCAUCCACAAUCGCAAGGAUGCAUAGAAAGGGCGAACGGCGUCUUAAGUUUAUCGUUAGGAAAGUGGUUACAAACAAAUAACACAACACAUUGGCCAGAAGGUUUAUCGCCUGUAGUUUACGGCAUCAAUACAAGAACAUCUGACACUACUAGAGCCACACCCUACGAAAUUAUGUUUGGUCAACACUCUCGAGGUGAUUCCGAAUUUUGGAAAAUUGUAAAAGAUCAAGAUAUUGUUGAUGAAGAACAUCUAAGACAAUUGAUAAUAUAA